AAUAAUAAUAAUAAUAACAAUAGAAAUACCAAAUACGAAAUAAUCGUACCUAAUGACUAAUACCAAUACUUUUGAAAGUUGAUGGAGUCUCGACUCGUGAUUCAUUGAUUCAGUAUUCACGAACAUUCGUUUAUUUUGUGUAAUUUAUCAAUGUUAAAUUAUUAGAGAGGUACCAAGUUUUUAGAUCGUUAUUGUAAUGUGUCGCACCAACUUGGUCUGCAGUUUCGGUCAGUGACGAACYAGACCGGCUCGAGUAGCAGAGUUGGUCUACAACGCUAGCCGUCGUGUGUCAGUUAGAGUUACACGUGCAUUCGGCAAAUCAUGGCCACGUAAACAUGACAGAAAUCACCAUUCCUAAGUACGGGCUGGUGCACGACGUUAAGCCGCACUAUGUGUACACAAUYAAAGUGCUGUCAGCUGGCAUCCAGGAGUGUGUGGAAAGACGGUACAGUGCUUUUCAUGCAUUUCACAGAGAGCUUAGGAAAUCUAUAUCCACACCACCAUUUCCAUCAAAACGCAUACGAUGCUCACAGCCAAAAGUUCUUGAACAAAGAAGGGCUGGUUUGGAGAGGUAUCUACAGACAGUUUUCAAAAUCGAAGGUGGAUAUAAACAGGUCAUGGAAUUCCUUGGACUAGAGUAUCAACCAAGCCAUAAAAUAGAUGUCAAAUAUCAGCGUCCGGUGUUUCAUAUGAUAAGUGAACAUAUYCCAUCAAGAAACCGACAAGAAAAACGUUUAUGUUUACCAGACAUAAUCACAGAUGGUGUUCUUAAAGCUCUGUAUGGUUAGUAACUUUUGAGA